UUCUUUAGAAUGAACCGAUCUUCCCAAUGCAACGCUAUCAUUUACGCCCAUGAGCUACAUGCUAUUUAUGACCUCCUGCGGUUCCUGUUUCUUUCCUUACAUACUGCACUUUUGCUGAGGGGGUUGCUCUAGCAUUAUUGCAAAAAGAAAGGGAUAUGUUCAAUUUCACAGCGAAUGAUUUUAGUUUUGAGUGCGUGGUCCGCAUGGGAACAACGGACGGCUUGCAGGAAUGACAGAUCAUUGUGCCUUUUCACAUUGCGCUGGAUCUGAUGCAGUAAGACGGUUAAUGUUUGAUAACAGAAAGCCCCUAGAAACGAUCCUGUCAUCUUGCACAGCUUCAUGUAUGUCCUGGUCAUCUGCACUUUAACGGUCUCCACAUUCCUCCCUCUGCUGCGUUAAACCAGUCACAGCACGGAUAGUAUUACAAUGGACACAGAUUCCAUCCACUCUGGUUAUUCCCACCACUCCAGCAGGUCACGUGGGUCAAACAAGCAGAGUGAACGCAGCAGCAGGGAUCGGCACAAGUCACACAGUCGAGACAGCAGCAGCCGCUCAGACAAAAAUGUCACCAUCAGUGCAUCGUCAGCUCAGCCGCAUCAGCCGGAUCAAAGCUCCGCCCCCACAGACGCCCAGGACGACAACUGGGGCGAAACCACCACAGCGGUCACUGGAACAUCAGACCACAGCUUGUCUCAGGAGGAUUUGGCUGGCUUCGGGAAGGAGACGGAGGGACCAGUAGAGAAAUUGAAAUGUGUACGCUUCCUUCCUUUGGCCCUUUCCCUCCUCCUGGGCCUGCUGGUUCUGAUCACCCCUCUGUCCUUCCUGGUGCUGCCCCAGCUGAUGUGGCCGGAGCGCCUGCAGGCUUGUGGUACUGCCUGUGAGGGCCUGUUUCUCUCGCUGGCUUUCAAGCUCCUCAUUCUCCUGCUGGCUGGCUGGGCUCUGUUUGUGCGACCUGCACGAGCCUCCCUGCCCCGGAUAGCAGUGUUCCGCGCCCUGCUGGGGUUGCUCACGCUCCUCCUGCUGCUCUCCUAUUGGCUGUUCUUUGGAGUGCGCAUCUUGGAUUCACAGGACGAGAACUACCAAGGCAUAGUGCAGUUUGCAGUAUCACUGGUGGAUGCUCUGCUGUUCACCCAUUACCUGGCAGUAGUUCUGCUGGAGAUCCGGCAUCUGCAGCCCUGCUUCUCUCUCUGUGUCGUGCGCUCCACCGAUGGAGAGACUCACCACUACAACCUGGGACAGCUCAGCAUUCAGCGGGCAGCCCUGGUAAUUCUUGAACACUAUUACAAGGAUUUCUCAGUUCACAACCCUGCCCUACUGACGGCUGCAAAGUCCAGAGCAGCUAAACAUCUGGCUGGGCUAAAAGUCUAUAAUGUAGAUGGUGCUGGUAGUGAUGCUGCAACCGCUCAAUCUCGGGCUAAAAUAGCAGCUGCUGCCCGACAGAGAGACACCAGCCACAAUGAGCUGUACUAUGAGGAAGCAGAGCAUGACAGAAGAGUCCGAAAGCGCAAAGCACGGCUGGUCGUGGCAGUAGAGGAGGCAUUCACACAUGUUAGACGACUGCAGGAGGAGGAGAAAAAGAAGCCGCCAGGAGAUGAGAUGGAUCCACGUGAGGCAGCGCAGGCCAUCUUCCCCUCCAUGGCUCGAGCACUGCAGAAAUACCUGCGCACCACCCGUCAGCAGCACUGCCACAGCAUGGACAGCAUUCAGGCCCACCUGGCAUUCUGCAUUACAAACAACAUGACCCCAAAGGCAUUUCUGGAGAGCUAUCUGAUGACAGGGCCCACACUGCAGUACACGAGAGAGUGCUGGCAGACCCGGCAGUGGACGCUGGUCAGCGAAGCCUCGGUCACCAGUCCACUCCAUCACGGCUCUGAAUUCCAGCUCAAAUCAUCUGACUUCAGCUUAGUGGUCACCAGCAAAGCUAUCCCUCACCUCAAACUCAGCGAGGAGUAUGUCCACCCCAAGUCCCACAAGUUUGUACUGGAGCUACAGUCGGAGACCUCUGUCUGAUGGAGUCUGUCUGAUGAAUGCUUUUGUCUGUUUGGUUUUGUACACUUGUAAAUUUUGGACUACUACUAUUUUGUUUGAAAUUCUUUUUCACUUUUCCAGUUUAUAAAUGGCAUUUUACAUAAUGGAUGUAUUUUGAUACAACAUUUGUUUUUAACAAGAACAGAAGAGGAAAAAAAGAACAACAACAACUAAUAUAUAUAUGUGUGUACAUGUAUUGUAUGUAUCCAGUUACUUAGUGCUGACUGGUGUGUUUGUGUGUUUGUGCUGCUUGUCUCAUCUGAUUGAGGCUUUAAGUUUUUGCAAGCAAAAAGCAGAUAUUAUUUCGGAUAUCUAUGUUUGUGAAAUGUAAUUUUUUUUAUUUUGUUGACCAUGACAUAAAUGAGCAUCAGAGCACACCGGAGAUUCUGUGAGAUCUAGUAUUACUGGAAACAUUGGUUAGAGAGUCCAUUAUAGUGGUAUAAUAGCCAAACAUACAUGACCAUUUUCAGCCUGUUGGAUGGUUUGAUUUCUACCACUUUUAUAUGUUUGGAAGAAAAAUGGGUAAUAUAUUGUGAGGAAAAAAAAAAUCAUUUAAUUUGUGAUUAAUAAAUUGUGAUUAGUAGUUUGCCUCUUUUUUGUGUUGUAAUUAAAUUGUAAAUAAGUUUUUUUUUACGUAAAUAGUUUUUUUUUCAAUGUGUGUGUAUCAUGAUUAAAACAUUGAAUUGUGUUUGUAAAAUAUAAGCCCAUUAAUGCUGCCUAACACAUUUAUAAACCUUGCUAUUGACCGUUUUUGUCCAAGCUUGACGUUUUUUGCUUAUGAAGCAAAAAUAAGAAAAAAAACAAAAAAUGUCAUGCCUUUUUUUGUACUACUCUAGUGAAGUUUUCCACUAGAGAUUAUAUAUUAUUUUUGUGUAUUUAAUGCUAAUAAAAGUAUGUUUUGUAUUA